AAGAACUCGAUAGAAAACGAUCAAGACCUUCAAAGGAAUUCUCUGCUCCCACAACCUAGACGCUGGCGAAAUUGUCCCAAUGGACAGAUGCCAUGAGAACUAAAAACUGAACUGAAAAUAUUAUAGAUUACACAUACAUUUACUUUAUGAAUUCGAAUAAAUAUUUGAAAUUGCGCUCUUAAUAACAGCAAGGUUAUUAAAAUGGGCUUGCGAAAUAUUCCUCGCCGGCUGUACAGUCACUACAAAAGUCCUUUCACGUGUAAAUGUAGUUACUCAACUGUCUCUGUCGAUAAACUGCAAAGUGUAGUCGGACUGGAAGUUCACGCACAGUUAAAUACUGAAACUAAACUGUUUUCCGGCGCUCAGAAUACUUUUGGUGGUGUGGUGAACAAUUGUGUGGCUUUAUUAGACGCUGCCAUACCUGGAACGUUGCCUGUUUUGAAUAGAAAGUGUGUGGAAUUGGCAAUAAAAACAGCCCUCGCUCUCUCGUGCAAAGUCAACGAAGUGUCUACAUUUGAUAGAAAACAUUACUUUUACGCCGAUUUGCCGGCUGGUUAUCAAAUAACGCAACAGAGAGCCCCUUUAGCCAGUGAUGGAGUCAUUGAUUUUCAGGUUUAUACUCCCGGCAUUCACAAGAAACCUUACAAGAAGAGUUCAAAGAUCAAGCAAAUCCAGCUGGAGCAAGACAGCGGCAAGUCCCUUCACGACCCGGAGCUCAAGCGCAGCCUUGUGGAUCUCAACCGGGCUGGAGCACCACUGAUUGAACUGGUGUUUGAACCUGACUUGGAGGAUGGAGAAGAGGCAGCGGCGCUGGUGAAGGAGCUGAUGCUGAUCGUACAGCGUCUCGGUGCAUGCUCAGGCCGCCUGCAAGAAGGCGCGUUGCGAGUCGACGCUAACGUGUCGCUGCGACGCGCCGGUGACCCGCUGUCCACACGCACUGAAAUAAAGAACAUUGGGUCGGUCCGCGGCGUGGCGGCGGCGAUCAAGCAUGAGAUCGCGCGGCAACGCGACGUGUUAUCGCGCGGCGGCGUCAUCGUCAACGAGACGCGAGCGUGGGACGCUGUCAAACGAGCCACCGUCGCUAUGCGGGACAAGGAGCAAGUGCAAGAUUAUAGGUAUAUGCCAGAACCGAAUCUCCCGCCGCUCCGUGUCAACCUGAACACAAAGGACGCCACACAAGACGUGCUGAGCGUGCCUCUCAUACAAGACUCCAUACCAGACCUCCCCGAACAUUCCAGAAGGAAACUCAUACAGGACUACCAACUGCGGCCCGAUACCGCCAUUCAGCUAGUCAAUGAGCCGAUCCUACUCGAAUAUUUCCAGAGCUUGACUUCAGAAAACGUGAAAAACUCAACCAAAAUCGCCAACUUACUCAUCAACGAUCUACUAACGGUGCUUAAUAAGAAAAACUUAGAUGUCGAAGAAUGUAAUGUAACUAUUAAACAACUAAAAGAGAUUGUUGACAUGCUUGUUGCAAAGCAAAUUAGUCUUGAAGUUUGUAAAAAAGUUCUAGAAGAGUUGGUCGAUUCUAAUAUUGCUAUAUCCCCUUCUAAAAUCGUGAAAGAAAAAGGCUGGUCUUUGGUCACAGAUGAAGAAGAAAUCACUAAGAAAUGUGUGGAAGUCAUUGAGAAUAACCCUAAAUUGGUGAAGCAGUAUAAGGAAGGGAAAGUCAAAGUAUUCUCGGCCUUGUUAGGAGCGUUAGUUAAGAGCUCUAGUAGUAAGUUAGAUAUGUCACUAGCAUCCAAAAAGAUGGAGGAGUUGUUGAAGAAGAAUUAAAAUAUUGAAUAAUGGA